CAGGGCGGCCCGGAACAGCUUAUUAAGAGAUCGGAGCCCCGCCGGGACCUCGGACAGAUCCUUUCCAUUUGCUGUCAUGUCGCUCCAUCAGCCCACGCCGCGGAUGGCCGAGCUCAGAGAACCUACCUCCUCUUUAACGCCUCCUGAGGACCCGGAUUCCCAACCACCCAGUAGCAAGCGGCUCUGUCUUGAGGAGCCUGGAGGUGUCCUUAAGGCGGGCUGGCGACUGCCUCUGGUGCCUCGCUUGUCUGAGGCGGAAAAAGUCUGGGAGUUGUCCCCUAGACCCCUCAAGGGACUCCUUGUUUCAACGAAUGCUAUUUUUGAUAACUCCACAGACUCGUGUGUGGAGAAAUCAGUCAAUGGGAAGCAGAUAUGUAACCUGAAAUGCUCAAAUCUCAAAUUCCAAAUGAGUAGCUGUUUGCAGUCUCCCCCCUCACAAAGUCCUGAUUCUGAUUUGAGGGCUUCAGGAAGGUCUGAGGCAGGACUGCAUGACAGAGAGGCUUUCAGUGUGCACCACAGUAAUAGCUCCAAAGCAGGGGUUAGUCAACUUCUGCCCAGCACCUCUGUACACGAUAUACAUGGAAUUAGAAAUGGGAAUCGAAAACAACAGUUUGUCCAAGGAAGAGACAAUGUUCACAAAGAAAAUCCAUUUUUAGAUGUUAUCUUUUACAAGGAAACUAAAUCACCAUUUCAUGAAAUUAAGAACAGAUGUAAAGCUAACAGUGUUAUGCCACCAAAUAAAAGAGAAAAUAACAUUUCACCAUCUGUACUAAAAAUAUCAAAAUCUCAAAAUCAGCCCAGCUUGGAAAUUGCCAAACCUAGCUAUUUUAGAGAUAGCAGCACAAUAAGUGUCCCUCAGUUUCCAAUGGACUUAAAUAGCAAAAUGUCCUCUGUCUAUUUAAAGGAAAUAGCGAAGAAAAAGAAUGACAAAAAAGAGGCAUAUGUUAGGGAUUUCACAAACAUUUACUGGUCCCAAAAUAGACCUGAUGUUAAGAAGCAAAAGUUACAGAAUGAUAAAAAAAUUGUAGAAGCGGAAAACAUUUUUUCCGAAUGUUAUGAAAAUGACUACCCAUCACUCAGCAGCCAAAAUACUUGUAAGAGAAAAGACUUGAUUAGUUCAAACUACGGUAACUACAGUAGUAUCCAGUGUAAUGUAAGAGACUCUAGAAAGAAUUUCGCUAUCCUAGAAAAUGCAAAUUGGGAGGAAGCAGAAUGUCUGGACAGUUACAUACCUACCAGGUUGGAAAAAUCUCAAAACUGGGACUGUAACGUUAGACAUAUUUUGAGAAGAAAUAGAGGAAAUUGUUGGAUUAUAAAUAAUUACAAGACUAAAUGUGAAAAUAUGAAAAAAACUGAAGAAAAAUGGAAUUGGCUAUUAUUAUUAGAAAUAGACCUUUUAAGCAAGGAAGAUUACCACUGUACAAAAGUCAUCAAUGCACGUGAAGAACAAUCAAAGCUUCUCAUAAGAGAAAUAUUAGGUAGUCAAACAGCUUUAAUAACUACUGUUUGGCUAAAUGGUAAAGGAGAAAAUGAUAAUACUCUACAGUUGAGAUACAAUGCUACACAAAAAGUCUUUCAUAUGAACAACCCUUUUGAAAGUUUCAUUAUAGAAAUUUUUUAUUGCCAUAAAAGUAUUUCAGGAAAUCAAAAAGAUAAUAGUAUUUUAACCUGCUAUAACAUUUUGAAGCAUGAAAAGCAAAUUGGUAUAAUUGGUGUUCAAAAUCUAAUAACCAGAAACAUGAGUACAAAUAUAAAGAAUGGAAUUUUAAGCAUAUAUUUACAAGACAGUGUUUCAGAACCUUUAGAUAUUCUAUUGAAAACUAACAUAGCUUUUUUGCUCAAUAACUUUGACUCUUUAACAAGAAUUGAAAAUGAUUUUGAAUUAGAAGAAGAAUGCAUUUUCAAGUGCAUGCUUUAUUUGAAGUAUCCAAAAAAUAUAGUGGAAAAUUAUACUGCAUAUCUAGUAAAGAUUUUAACUUCUUCAAGACUAUUAGAAGAUAAUAUGAAACCUAUGUUAAAGAAAAGGAAGUUAUUUAGAACUGAACAAGUUUUUGAAAAGUCUAAGAAAAAAACCAUUAAUUCCUUCAGUAUGACAACUCAAAAUACAGGUUUUCCAAUUUUUGAAACAUAUGAAAAAAUUCCUCUUUUAAUGGACUUUGAUGACAUGGACGAAAUUUCUUUAAUAAGAGAAAUUACUUGUCAGAAUAUGAGUUGUCCUCAACAACUCGUGAAUGUGGAAAAUUGGGCUCACUAUAGUUCUAGUACUAUUAAAGCACAUGUUAAUUCUUGUCCUCAAUUUAUACAGAACAACCAAGGAUACAUUAAUGAAAAUUUUUAUGAAGUAAAUAUGCACAGCCAAGAUUUAAAUAUGGAAAGAAAACGGGGACAUAAUAAGAUCAGUAGCUUUGAUUGUGAGCACAUAUUUGAAGAUUUCUGCAAUGUUAGGCAACAGGCCAUACCAACAAGCCACAACAUAAUACAUAAUGAAGAGACCCAUACCAUUUCUAUAACUCAAGUACUAAAUUUUUGGAACUUGCUAAGUGAAAUAGAAGAAAAAAAAUAUGACUUAAUUUUGAAAGAGGAAGAAAAAGUCACAGCUGAAAGUUUAACAAAUAGUUUCCAAGUUCACAAAGAUACUAAAAUAGAAAAGGAAGAGAAAGAUAGUUUUUUCCCAAUGGAUGACAUGUUUUCUGUACAUUCAGUUUCAUUAAUAAGUAAGGAAGUAAAUGUGGAAGAAAAUAAAUAUGUUAAUCAAAAUUAUGUAACAGAUACAAAUGAAUAUGAGAGUAUUUUGCCAGAAAGGGAGAUAGCUAAUUCAAAGGAUUUUCAUAGAAAGAAUGACUCUGCAUUAUAUAUUAAUCAUCAAUUUGAAACUGGUCUGAGUGAAGGGAAUGAUGAAUGUUUUCAGGACUUAGUUGCUAAACAUUUAUCAAUAGAAGCUCUGACAAUAGUAAAAGAUUUUGAGAUGAAGAGAAAAUUUGACUUAGUACUUGAAGAACUUCGUAUGUUUCAUGAAAUUAGUAAGGAAAAUGAACUUCUAAGCACUGUGGAAACAAACAAUGGGCAAGAAAAUUACUUUGGAGAAAAUGAUGCUGAGGAGGUAAAAAUGGAGAUAGAAAAAGAGUUGAAAAUGGCUGUGGUCAACAAAAUAAGUGCGUCUUCCUCGUUCCGUGAUACUACAGCAGGUCCUAAUAUGCGUAAAAGUCACCAAAGUUUAUUUAAAUGGAAAACUGUACCCAAUAAUGGAGAACAGGAAGUUCCUAAUGAGAGUUGUUAUCCAAGUACAUCAGAGGAAGAAUUAUUUUACUCUACUUCCGAGAAAGACUGUGAAACACCUUUACCUAAAAGGCCUGCUUUUCUCCCUGAUGAAUGUAAAGAAGAAUUUAAUUAUUUAUUGAGAGGAGGCAUUAGAAAGAUCCCACUUAUCCUGAAAAGUUUUGAUACCCACCCACCUGCCAUCAUGAUGCCUCGUCUCUUAACGUUUCCGUUGACUACUAAAUGUCUUCAAUGGAUCCCUCUGUCUUUCCAUCUCUCUCUUCUCUCUGUGGUGUGAAGGCAAGUACAGUAUUGAAAUUAUUUUGAGCACAUGUUAUAUGCCAACUAGCCAGUUCACCGGUGCUUUAUAUAUCAUUUAGACCAAUGGAGGAUCUUGUGAUCCAACAAUGUUGUCUUAUUUAAACAAUCCCUUUGUGUUUAAAAGUUUUUAAAAGAUCUAGCAAUAAUGUGUUUUUCUUUAACCUUUUAUAAUUAAUUUUCUAAUUUUAAUAUUGAAUUGAGUAUAAUAAACUGAUUUUAUCUAUUUUGUGUUGUUUUUCUCCUUGUUUAUUAUACAUGUAGCUUAAUUCUGUAUUCUACUUCAUUAAAGUUUACAUAGAUACACACAGAUUCUUUUUGGUUCAGGUUAGUAAAAAUCAUACUGCUAACCUUUUGUCAGAUUUAACAUUUGAUUACACUGUUUUUAGUAUAACAGGCUAUUAUAUUGAGGUCAUACUGACUCACUAAAGUUUGAUUUACAUUUUUGGUUUGACAUGUGUACCCCACAGUUAGAGAUAUUGUAUUUUAUUAUCAGAGGUAGUUGAUUUUACAUAACUGAUUUAGUAACAGAUUUAUGUAUCUCCAUGAACCCUUUUGGACAUCUUCGAAAAAGAUAUAGUAUGAUGUUAAAGAACAACUUCCAACUCAGAGCCCUCUAUUGAUGCAUAAUAGAUGGAGUGCAUUUGUGUUCUAUCAUUGACAAUAACCUCCAUUAGAAACCAAACAUAACCAUUAACCAUACAGCAUAGUUGUUUAGCUACCAAUAGAAAUAAAUGACCUAGUGUUUAAAGCCACAACAUCAAGUUGGCUUUAAAACCUAUAUGGUUUUGUUGUGAUUGUUGUUAAGUUAGACUGUCUGAUUGGAAUGCCGACUUUAUUUAGUUGCUAUAUUUUAUGGGGCAAGUUACUUAACUUUUUGUGCUUAGGUUUUUCAUAUUUUAAAACUGGGGCUAGAAAUAAGUAAAAUAAUGCAUUUAAAGUAUAGUGCCUGGCACAUAAAUAAUAAGUGCUCAGUAAGUAUUCAGUAAAUGUUGCUAAUAUCAUGAUUAGAAGUAAAGAAUUUUAGACAUAGAAACUAUUGAUAAUUUUUACUCUUUUAUUGUCUUAUAUUUUUAGGUAGUCACUUUCCACAUGGCAUUUCAAGAGUACGACCGCUUAAGACAUGCAGUAGGCCAAUCAGGAUUGGUUUGUCAAGAAAAGCAAGGAUU